AUGCGGUCCUGCUGGGACGCGUGCACGCGCCGCGACUACGACGACCCCCGGUGGGACGGCGCGCCCUUCCGGGCCCAGGCCAUCGUCGCGAACCCGGUCUGCUACGGCCACGUCCACUGCGCCGAGGCGCUGCGGUGCCCGCUGUUCAUGGCGUUCCCCCAGCCGUGGACGCCCACGGCCGCGUUCCCGCACCCUCUCGCGAACCUGCCGUUCCGCGAGCGCGACCGCGGGAGCCGCCUCGGCUCCUUCGCCGUCGACCAGCUGAACCUCGCGAGCUACGCCUUCGUCGACGAGCUCCAGUGGCGGAGCCUCGACGCGAACGCGUUCCGGAAAACGCUGGGCCUCAAGCCGCUCCGCUGGACCGCGCGCGGCGCGUUCCUGCUGAACGACCUGCGCGUGCCCUUCGCGUACCUCUGGUCGCCGGCGCUCCUGCCGAAGCCCGCGGACUACGGCGCCCACGUCUCCGUCACGGGCAACGCGGCCGUAUCGCCCGGCGCCGCGGCGCCCUACGAGCCCCCGAGCGCGCUCGCCGCGUUCCUCGCGGCGGGCGAGAAGCCCGCGCUCGUCGGCUUCGGGUCCAUGGUCGUCGAGGACCCGGCGGCGCUCUGGGAGACCGUCGUCGCGGCGGCGGACGCCGCGGACGUCCGCGUGCUCUUCCAGGGCGGCUGGUCCGAGGCCGCGGGCGCCGCGGCGACGUCGCCGCGCGUCUUCGCGCUCGGGCCCUGCCCCCACGGCUGGCUGAUGCCCCGGUGCGCCGCCGCCGUGCACCACGGCGGCGCGGGCACGCUCGACGCGUCGCUGCGCGCGGGGCUGCCGACGCUCGUCGUGCCCUUCUUCGGCGAC